GAGCACAGAACAUACAUAAAGCAAGUACGUAUCAGAAGAAGAAGCACUGAAGAAAGAAGAGCUCAGGAACAAUGGCCCACCUGACACUAAUUGCCAGAGCCAGUGAUGGACUACCUCUGUCCUCAUCCAUUGUCAAUGAAGAGUCUGGCCGGGAUUAUGCUGAAUACCAACCCAAGGCCAAGCAGAUAUUCCGCAAGCUGUCGUCAGUCAGCCCCCCUCGAUGCUCAAUCGAGUGUGACCCGGAUCGUAUGGUGUUCCACUACAUCCUUGAGGAGGGGAUAUGCUACCUCCCCCUGUGUGACCCCACCUAUCCUGCCAAGCUGGCCUUUAACUACCUCGAGAAUCUACACAAAGACUUCAGUGAGCAACAUGGCAACGAUGUACACAAGGCCAGUCGACCGUACCACUUCAUUGAGUUUGGUGGUUCACCCACUUCUACGUGUGGGGGAUGGUGUGGAACUACUCUGUAUUCCUCUACUAUACCAGCCACUGUCUACUGCACACACGACUACCGCUAUUGGGACCAACAGCACUGCUGCAUUUGAAUUCAGACUCACCCCUUGCUGGCCUGAUUGUAGCCACUCUGUUGUUCCUCUGGGCCUACACACAUCAGUACCGAUGUCACGUCAUCCUUGCACAACUCAGAGCAGCCAAGAACAAGCCACAGUACGGCGGCUGUCACUGCCAAGCAGACUCACGUUUGCUAUAGACACAAGUUUGAGGACUAUCCAAACAACAGACAAAUUGUUAUGACCAUUUGUUUAUUAGUUGAUUUAUGCUAUGUACAUGCAGUACUGUAUGGUAUCAUUCAUAUUCUCCAAUCAAUAAUCUAUCAAAUUAAUGAUCGAAAAAAUUAAUUUUGAAUUUGCAGUGAAUAAUAAUUGACGCUUCUUAUGCUAUUAUUUGUACAUGCAGUACAUGGUACAUUGAAUUAGUAUG